UCCUAAAACGAGUUUUAUUUUUCAGGACAUGGCCCCCCCAUACUAUGCUGAUCUCGGCAAAAAAGCCAAUGAUGUGUUUGCCAAAGGUUACCACUUUGGAGUGUUCAAACUCGACUUGAAGACUAAGAGUGAAUCUGGUGUAGAAUUUACCAGUGGUAUCAUCUCAAACCACGAAAGCGGAAAGGUAACUAAGGUAUUUGGCAGUCUGUCAUCUAAAUACGCUGUGAAAGACUAUGGUCUUACAUUCACGGAGAAAUGGAAUACUGACAACACAUUGGCCACCGACAUAACCAUUCAGGACAAGAUUGCCGCUGGUCUUAAAGUUACAUUAGAGGGCACCUUUGCACCACAAACCGGAAACAAGACCGGCAAACUAAAGACUUCAUUUGUCAAUGACCGGGUGGCACUUAACACUAACAUGGACCUGGACCUGGCCGGUCCCAUUGUCGAUGUGGCGGCAGUGCUCGGCCACCAGGGCUGGCUUGUUGGUGCGCACGGGCAAUUUGAUUCACAGAAGGGCAAGUUAACCAAGAACAACUUUGCUCUCGGAUACCAGACUGGUGAUUUUGCUUUGCACACCAAUGUUGACAACGGCAAAGAGUUUGGUGGUUCCAUCUACCAAAAGGUGUCCGACAAGUUGGACUGCGGUGUCAGCAUGAGGUGGACUUCCGGGUCAUCAGACACUCUUUUCGGCGUCGGUGCCAAGUACGCGCUCGAGAAUGAUGCCUCGCUGCAUGCCAAGGUCAACAACAAGUCGCUCGUGGGUCUUGGUUACCAGCAGAAGUUACGCCCAGGCGUGACUUUGACGCUGUCAGCGGCCAUCGACGGGCAGAACUUCAACGCUGGCGGACACAAAGUGGGCGUGGCCCUUGAGCUCGAGCCCUAGGCAUUUAGAGCCUUCUAGACUGUAGAUAAUAUCACGUCAACUGUUAUACUAAUGAGUGUAUAGCAAAAUCAGUUUAAACUAUCUUCAAGUGUUCUCUAUAGUGUAUUCGAAGCGUCAAACGCAGCUAUUGUGAUGUCGUUCACCGAUCACCACUUCCACACAGGGGGCAUACUACGAAAUACCUUUUACGAUGCGUCAUCGACGACCGAAAUGUGCCGAGCUUCGGCGAUGAUACCUACUAUGAAGUCUUUCUGAUCGAUGACGGCCAAAUUUUAUGAUCACAAUAUCAGAACAAUUAUGGAAACGAUAUUUUUAACCCAUUUCAACCAAGUUGAGUAAUUUGUUAAUUACCGUAAGUGAAUUUACUAUAUAAAGCUAAGCGGUCUUCAGAGACCGCCAUAAGUUUACGCCGCGUCUACCUUGUGUACCCAUUUUUUUUCUUGAUCAGAGGCAUCUUCUAGGGACAUUUUAGUGAAAUUUUCUAAAAAGAUACCUCUCGAGUUAUUUUUACAAUCAAGGUACGAUAAAACUUCGAUACAUCAUUUGUAAUUUAAAUACAAUUUCCGUAAAUGCAAGAGUCAAAUCACAAUCUUCGGGUGAGCUUUGGACCGAUAUCGAAUCUAAACCAUUUCGUAGUAGAGUAUUCGAAGCUGUAACGAUUAUCGUCAUUUUGUUUUUCGUAGUAGGCCCCUAGGUAACGCGACGUCGUCGCCCACCGAUGACGCACGCGCAGCUUCUUUAGCGUUCCUUUAUGUAUUUGUAAGCACGCGGUCUCAUCCCUGCUCGCUAAUCUAAUGAAUUUAUUACGUCAGUCUAUUGUCAUGUAAA